CCUGUGCGAUACAAAAUUAUACUGUAUAAGUGUAUAAUAAUAUUAACAUAAUAUCAUCCCACUGUUGUGCAAUCAGACUCGUGUCGCGUUACUGUUCUACUGCUGGUUUCGCUACCGCCACCUACUAAUUCCGAUUCGCUGAAUUCCUAGCGACGAGCCGACGACCAAAUCGCGCUAUGGCCGUAAACUUGGACAUACAGCUGAAGAGGUCUAACAAGGUGUAUCGUGAAAGCGUAAGACACCAUCGCCGGGGUGGUGAUCAUCGAUACUCCAACGGACGUCAAACACGAAGGCGUCUUUAUGACCAUCGAGGGUGCCGUUGACUUGCAGAUCAGCACGCAGAAUGUAGGUGCUUUCGACGCAUUCUACAAUUCUGUCAAGCCGGUCCAGUUGAUGAUGUGCUCGUUGGAAAUAGCCCGAGCCGGCCGGUUUCCUUGCGGUGUCACCGAAAUACCGUUCGAAGCGCCCGUCACACCACUUCUGAACAAAGUGUUGUACGAGUCCUAUCAUGGUGUAUUCAUAAAUAUCCAGUACCUGCUGAAGGCUGUCAUCAAGAGGAAUUUCCUGAAUAAGGACAUUCACAAAACGCUAGAAUUUGUUAUUGAAAACAAACCGUGUUUAAAUAUGCUGUCGUCUAAAGUGGACAAAUUUGUGAUAAAUCAAAAUACAUUGGCAAAUGUAAAUGAUAGUUCCAACAUACCAAAGUUUCACAUUGUUGGUUCAAUUGAUUCGGUUAUUUGUUCAAUCAUGCGGCCAUUUACAGGAGAAUUGAAAAUUGAACAUUCUGAUAUCCCCAUUAAAUCGAUAGAUGUACAAUUGGUGCGUGUUGAGACCUGUGGUUGUUCUGAAGGAUUCUCAAAAGAUGCCACUGAAAUUCAAAACAUUCAAAUUGCCGAAGGAAAUAUAUCAACGGGGAUCUCCAUUCCAAUUUACAUGAUAUUUCCAAGGUUAUUUUCUUGUUCUACCACAAAAACAACAAAUUUUAAAAUAGAGUUUGAAGUUAAUAUUUCAGUAAUUUUUGUAGACGAUCAUUUAGUGACCGAAAAUUUUCCAAUCACUCUCUAUAGAUAAAUUAUAAAUCAUCAUUUGUUAAUAUAGUUUUAUAUAAAUAAAAUUUUAAAUAUACGUUUUCUAAUACUUUUUUAUAUGAAAACAAACAUAGCUUGUAAAGUAUAGUUUGUAUAAUCUGACUACUUAAGUAAUGUCACAGAUAACAGCCAUUGUUACAAUACUGUAUGAAAAUAAUAAAUUUAUAGUUUUAAAGUUGGUAAAUAUAGUAUAAUAUCAAAUUGAAAUUAUUGUACCCAGUUAUGAGUAGAGUAUGGAUUUGUAUGACAGUACCUUUUUCUUCCACCAGUUCUAAAUGAAGCUUUGUAGUUUUGUAAUUUUUAGUUUUAUGCACAUUAUAUUAUAUUUAUCGCUGUUUUAGAAUUUUAACCAAUU